GGAUUAUUGGGGCUCCACCCUUCUUGUCAGACAAAGUCCGUUGACUUGCUUUGAUACUUAUUCCAGCAUGUCUCCAGCUCAAGAGGAGCAAGAAAAGCCUUCAACAUCCAUCCUGAAGGAGAGACGAUUUAAACUGAGUAGAGCGUGUGAUCGCUGUCGUCGAAGGAGAAUAAAAUGCGACGAGGGCCAUCCGUGUCAGGCUUGUCUCACCGCCAAUUCACCAUGUACGUUUGAAGAACCAGGAAAGCGGACACAUCCUCAUAAGUCAAAAAGAACUGCGACGCUAGAAGAUAGGAUGCAUCAACUGGAGACUCUCAUUCAGGCAAUUCCUCCUGCAGUUUUCGCUGCAGGGGGUGCGGGUGCAUCCGCGCUCACUCCACAGAUGCUAUCUUCAGACAACAUCGCCAGCCCUUUGGCGUCCUUCGCCUCAGCAAACCACAGCUUUCCCUCGGGCGUUCCACCACCAUCUUUGCACGUUUUCCCACUUACAAAUCCAUCUACCCACUUCAGAGCAUCUCCGCCAAUGAACUCUCCUCGAACUCAAAGUCCAAAUACUGCAUUUUCCUCGAUGCUUGGGCAGUCUUCUCAUACCCCAAAUGCAUCGAACUCCGAACAACAUGAAGAGACGUCACGCAUGUCUAUAUCUGCUUCCUAUCUGUACUUCGACGAUGAAGGCUACACCCGAUGGCAAGGAGAGACCUCUGGUCUUCCUCUCUUAGACCUUCUGGUUGAAAAUCACACUCCAGUCAAGUCUGAAAUGGAGAAAAAUUCACCAGAUCCGACAUGGACAAACUCAUCUUCUCAUACCGCUAACACCGAUUGGUUUCCAAAUAGGACGCCCAGGCGCACUGACGUCAAUCCUGAAACACUAUGGCGCCUUAUCACUUCGUAUAUAGUCCCAGAGCUCAUGGACAGCCUAGUCCAAUGCUAUUUGUGUACUUCUUACUACCUGCUGCCAUUCCUACAUGUUCCGACAUUUUUGGCGGACUAUGGAAAUCCCAGAAAGUGGGGCGAGCCCGGCUUUGCGGCCUUUAUUGUAGCUAUAUGCUGCCUCGCGUCCCGUCAUAUCGACGACCCCAGAGUACGGUCUGAUCCUAGUGAUGGCAUCUCUGCCGGCACGCAAUGGUUCGAACUAUUUGGACGACUACGUACUCUUCCAAUCGCGGACCAUCCUACAUUAUACACUAUCCAGGCAGAUCUAAUCGCCGCGGUCUAUGCAGUUGGACUGGGAAAACUCUCCAAAGCAGCUGCGCUCUUAUCAGAGGCUAUCACCGUAUCGAUAGAUGUUGGUCUGCAUCGAUCGGCCGAUACCUAUGACCUCUUUAAUCCCAUCGAGGAUGAAGUCCGCAAGCGCACGUUCUGGUGUGUAUACCUCUGGGAUAAACAACUAUCUGCGCACUUUGGACGUCCCCCGAUGAUUCGCCUUCGAGACACUGAUAUUGGAGAGCCUACCGUUGUAGAUGACGAGUUCAUCACCCAUGAUGGGAUGCUCUCGCAGCCCGCAGGAACGGAGAGCCGGAUGAGUGCAUUUAUCGCCUCCGUGAGGAUCAUGGUUGUAAUGGAGUCUGUGCUGGACAUACCACCUCCGCGCGACCGGACAGGUGACUCUUCUCCAUUCUUGCUACGCGCCGCGGGUGUGCUGUCUGGUCAUGUGCGUCCCAAGGACCUGCGUGAAGAGGAGGCAUUGCUGGACGAAAUCCGCCGAUCAAUACCUCCGUAUUGGGCGCAUACAUCGGAAACACUCGCGAGUGAUGAUGUGAUCAGGGUCACCCAGGCUGUGCGUUUGCACUGCGCCGAGCAGUUUGUCAGGAUGCUGAUCCAUCGUCAUCGCUUCUCGAACUUUGUGGCGGAGAGGGCGUACAGUGCCUCGAUGGAGGAGGAUGCGGGGGAUGUGGAGAAGGAAGAGAUGAGCGCGGCGCAGUCGUGUGCGCUGCAGAUUAUCUCGUCGCACAUGCAGGUAGCGGGGAAGGGGCUGAUGACGUAUUAUGGUGUGCAUGUGAUUCACCAGCUGACGCAAGCCGGAAGAACGCUUCUUGCCAUAUUGAUCAACUGCAAGAGCGAGAAACUCCAACGCUUGAUUCAGCCUGCAAUUGAAGCACUUCGAUCGUGCGUUGGUCUGCUGAGGCGGUUCAGUGGGCGAUACGUGUGUGGGCAGAGGUCAGGAGACCUGAUGGAGGAAUUUUGUCGCCUGACACAAAUCCCUCUGGAGCCUUCACGCCCAGAAGGUCAAGAACAGUCAAGUUCGCGUCCCCCCUGGAUAAGACCCAUCCGCAAGAAGACGCCCAGCGUCGCCGCUAAGGGUGCAGGCAGCGAUGGUAGUUCGCAACACAGCAGUCCCGAGGCUUUCUCGCCCUCCGAAUUCUUCGUCGACCCCACUCUUGGAGCCACGAGUCCGAAAACGGCACCGCAGAGUGCCUUUUCGCCUACACCUGUGCCCUCGUCAUCACAAUAUCUACGGCGGUUGUCGCUGUCGGCACCGAGUUUUAUGGAUCCUUCGAGUGGCAUGGACAUGGAUGCGUCUGCGGGGAUGUAUCUGUCGUCACCGGCAGAUGUUAUGAAUAUGUUUGGGGAUGGGUCGGUGGACGUUGCGGCGCUGUUCUCGGGCGCGUCUGAUUUCAAUAUGGGACAACAUCUCGCUGAGCCGCAUGAACCAUUGUACGGGCACAUGAAUAAUUUAAUUGCGACCCCUUGAGGUGGUCGCAUAUUUUACCUUGUAUUGCGUAGCAGAUAUGCUGUAUGAUUUAUUGCGGGCAAUUCUAUUGCUAGGUCUGUCUUCCAAUCAAAAUUUUGCU